GGACACCUGCCCGCUUGUGAGCAGCAGCCUGCCCAUGUUUCGCGCAUGCGAUGCUAGGUCAAAAGGUAUAGAGUACAGGCAGCCAGCGGAUACCGUCACGAUACAGUAACAAGAUGGUGUGUGCAGCGCGCGUAGCCUGGCGUCGCUCAAACGCGUGUGACGUUGCUCGGCGGGCCAGACUGCGUAGGGCUGAGUGUUGACAGGCCCCCCCGUUGAUGGGGCGACAAUCGACAAGGCAGCGCGCAGGGAUGGCCUCCCGAAAUUCGCGACGAAUGCGACGAGCUUCACCAUCGCGAACACCAUAUCGCAGCACCCCGCCUGCCCAAUUCACGACUCGCGCACCUCUCUCAACACCCUCAACAACCUCAACACCUCAACACCUCAACACCCUCAACACCCUCAACACCCUCAACACCCUCAACACCUCAACACCCCAACACCCUCAACACCCCAACACCCUCAAUACCUCGAGCAUGCAGUAGUCACCCCACGCAACCAUGUCCAAACCAACCUACGACCGCGCCGACGCCUCCGCGCUCCUCGACGACCGCGGCUACUCAGGCGCCCUGAUCCGCGGCCAGAACCCAGCGCUGCUCUUCGAAAAGGGCGUCCGCGAGCGCAUCACAGAGAGCUAUUACUGGAAAGAGCAGUGCUUCGGACUCAACGCCGCGACGCUGUGCGACCGCGCAGUGGAGCUCAAGUUCAUCGGCGGCACGAGCGGUAUCACGGGGCGGCCGACGCCGUUCCUGUGUCUGGCGUUCAAGAUGCUGCAGCUUGUGCCCGAGAAGGGGAUUGUGCUGGAGAUGCUCAAUUUCGCGGGGGACGACGAGGACGAGGACCACGACGAGACCGCGGCACACGCCAUCAAGGCCGAAGACGAGCACAAAGAGCUCGGCGACACGGGCUCAGAAACCCCUGAGACCAAGACCGACCCCAACGCCGCAGGCAAACGCGGCACAUUCAAAUACCUCCGCUGCCUGGCCGCCUUCUACAUCCGCCUCGCCUGGCAACCCGUCGAAAUCUACACCACGCUCGAGCCGCUGCUGACCGACUACCGCAAGAUCAAGCGCCGACUCAAGGAGAACUUCUCCCUGACCUACGUCGACCAGUUCGUCGACGACCUGCUCACCAAGGACCGCAUCUGCGCCACCAGUCUGUGGAAACUGCCCGCCAGGGGUCACCUCGAGGAUCUGGAUCUGCUGGAGCCCAGGGAGAGCCCGUUGGGAGAUGAGAUUGACGCGCUGGAUGAGGAGGAGGAGAGGAUGGCGGCGGGCGAGAGGGAGCGCAGCGUGGGUGAUGGGAGCGCGAGGAGUUACAGGAGUCGCAGUUAUGACAGCAGGAGUCGCAGCAGAAGCUACGAUAGCAGGCGAAGCAGGAGUCGGAGCUACGACGACCGGCGAAGCAGGAGCAGAAGUUGCGCUAGCCGAGAUCGGCGGCGGAGCCGCAGUCCCGGGGCGAUGAGCGAUGGAGGACGCAGUAGGAAUCACAGUAGGAGUCGUAGCAGGAGUCGCAGUAGGAGUCGCAGUAGGAGCCGCAGUAGGAGUCGCAGUAGGAGUCGUAGCAGGACUCGGAGUGGGAGCAUGAGUCAGUGAAAAGAUUGAGCUGCUCGCACACCCCAGUGACAAAUCAACAUCUCGUCCAAUACUCAACCCAACAGCCG